AUGAGCGUUGUCGGUAUUGAUCUCGGUGCCCAGAGCACCAAGAUCGGUGUUGCCAGGAACAAGGGCAUCGAUAUUGUAUGUAUUGCCCCGCGACUGCCCAACCGUGCCGGAUCUUCCAUCUUCCUCCACUGCGACCCCGGCGAAAAUCGCCUUGAGGAAUUGAGGCUAACCCUUGAUAUUUGUUUAUUACAGAUCACCAAUGAAGUUUCCAACCGACAGACCCCUUCCCUGGUCGGAUUCACCGCUCGCUGCAGACACAUCGGUGAGGCCGCCAAGACAGGAGAGACCUCAAACCUGAAGAACACUGUCGGCUCCCUCAAGCGCCUGAUUGGCCGCUCGUUCGACGACCCCGACGUCCAGGUUGAGCAGAAGUACAACUCCGCGACCCUCUGUGACGUCAAUGGCCAGGCUGGUGUCGAGGUCAGCUAUCUCGGCAAGAAGGAGAAAUUCACGGCGACUCAGCUGGUUGCCAUGUUCUUGACCAAGAUCAAGGACAUCACCACCAAGGAGCUUAAUGCCACCACCCCCGUGUCCGAUGUCACCAUCAGUGUUCCCGCUUGGUUCACCGAUGUCCAGCGCCGGGCCAUGAUCGAUGCGGCUGAAAUUGCUGGUCUCAAUGCUCUCCGUCUCGUCAAUGACACUACUGCCACUGCUCUCGGCUGGGGUAUCACCAAGCUGGACCUGCCCGGCCCCGAAGAGAAACCCCGUCGCGUCGUUUUCAUCGACAUCGGUGCCAGCGACUAUACCGCCAGCAUCGUUGAGUUCCGCAAGGGUGAGCUGAACGUCAAGGCCACUGCAUGCGACCGUCACUUCGGUGGCCGCAACUUCGAUUUCGCCUUGGCCGAGCGUCUGGCCGAUGAGUUCAAAGAGAAGUUCAAGAUCGACAUCCGCACUAACCCCAAGGCCUUCUCCCGAACCGUCGCUGCCGCCGAGAAGCUCAAGAAGGUUCUCUCCGCGAACCCUCAGGCUCCCAUGAGCAUCGAGUCUCUGAUGAAUGAUGUUGAUGUCAACACCAUUAUGAAGCGUGAUGACCUUGAGGAGAUGGUCAAGCCUCUUCUUGACCGGAUUACCGUCCCUCUGGAACAGGCUCUUGCUGAGGCUAAGCUCACUGUUGAGGACAUUGACCAGAUUGAGAUGGUUGGUGGCUGCACUCGUGUCCCUGCCAUCAAGGAAACCAUCAGCAAGUUCUUUGGCAAGAACUUGUCCUUCACUCUCAACCAGGACGAGGCUAUCGCCCGUGGUUGCGCUUUCUGCUGCGCUACUCUGUCCCCAAUCUUCCGUGUCCGUGACUUCUCCGUCCACGACAUCGUGAACUACCCCAUCGAUUUCACUUGGGAGCAGUCCCCUGAGAUCCCCGAUGAGGACACCAGUCUUACUGUCUUCGGUCGUGGCAACGUCAUGCCUUCCACCAAGAUCCUCACAUUCUGCCGCAAGCAGCCCUUCGAUCUCGAGGCCCGCUACAGCCAGCCCGAGGACUUGCCCGGCAAGGUCAACCCUUGGAUUGGCCGUUUCUCCGUCAAGGGUGUCCAGGCCGAUGCCAACGACGACUUCAUGAUUUGCAAGCUCAAGGCUCGUCUGAACCUCCACGGCAUUCUGAAUGUUGAGUCUGGUUACUACGUCGAGGACGUAGAGGUCGAAGAGCCCAUUCCCGAGGAGAAUGAGCAGAAGGAUGGUGAUGCCAUGGACACUAAGACUGAUGAGCCACCCAAGACCCGCAAGGUCAAGAAGCAAGUUCGCAAGGGUGACCUGCCCAUUGUCUCCGGCACCGGCGCUACCGAAGAGUCCGUGAAGCAGGCCUGGGCCGAGCGCGAGAACGCCAUGUACAUGGAGGACAAGCUCGUUGCUGAGACUGACGAGAAGAAGAACGAGCUCGAAACCCGCAUCUACGAGUACCGUGACAAAUUCUUUGAUGGUGGCAUCUACUCUGAGGUCAUCAAUGAUGUUGCGCCACAGAACCCUAAGGAUGGCACGUUGAAAGAGCAGCUGGAUCAGACGCUCAAGGGACUUGUGGAGUGGCUGGAGGAAGAUGGUUGGGACAGCACCAAGGCCACCUACGUUGCCAAGCUGGAAGAGCUCCGCUUCCUUGUUGGCCCCAUCAUCCAAAAGUACAACGACAUCGAGAACAAGAAGAUUGAGGAGGCUGAGGAGGCCGCCGCUGCUAAGAAGCGCGCCGAGUUCGAGGCUAAGAAGGCCGCAGAGCCCAAGGAGGCUGACGCCGAGAUGAAGGACGCGCCGGAGACCGAGGAGUCGCAGUAA